UUAACAACUAUUAUACUCUCAAUUGUCUAAACCUGGUUCUGAUAUGGUGUGAAUUCAUUAUGUAAAUCAUAAUAUUUAUAUCCGGUGUGACAUUUUAAUUGGCGUUCUACCAAUUUUGACACUACUCAAAAAUAAUAUUUAAGAAACACGGAAAAGAAAACCAAAGAAAAGAAAGAAUAAACAAAGACAGAAACGAACAAGAUGAAGCCUUCUCAGAUUGAUGUCGAUGGAAUUAUGACUUCUUUGGGAGAUUCCAAAUAUUUCCACACCACUCAAUACAUAAUACUUUGUAUUCCUAUACUUUUAGUGUCAACUAACAGCUUCUUCUACGUAUACUUUGCCACCACACCUGGAUAUAGAUGUAAUAAUCUGACAGAGUUUCAGCUCAGUCAAUACAACAUAUCGAUCAAUGAAGAAGACAAUCUAAUAUAUGAUAAGUGCUCCAUAGACAUCAUCAAUACGAAUGGAGAGGUUACAGGUGAAAACCGAACCCUGGACUGUCUGAAUGGUUAUCAUUACAUCACACCAGUUAAUAAAUCCAUAGUGUCACAGUGGGAUCUGGUUUGUAACAAAGAAGGAUUUGCUGAAUCUACCCAAAUAUCUUUUAUCGCGGGUCAGAUGAUGAGUGCUUUGACAGCACCUUAUUUGAUUGAAAGAUUUGGACGGAAACCUGUGCGAGUGUCAAGCAAUGCCUUGUUGAUAAUCUUCAACUUAUUCGGUGCAUUUUCGCCAUUCUACUCCUUGUUUGCAGCUACGAGAUUUUUCAUUGGAAUGCUAACAGAAGCAUUUGUUCUCGGAUCUGCAGCUCUGAUUUGUGAAUUAUACCCUAAGAAAAAACGUGUCAUUAUGUCUGGUAUAUUUAUGAAUCUUUGGAGCCUCAGUAAUGGUCUUGUCGGGAUCAUAGCCUAUAUGUUGAAGGAUUACAGUUGGAACACGUUAUUCCUAUUUAAUGCUGCCUUCUCGGGAUAUUUUAUCGUGGAUUUCUUUUACCUGCAGGAAUCUGUGCGGUGGUUAACUGCCACUUCGAAAAUAAAUGCAGCUGAGAGGAUUGUCAAAAAGGCAGCUAAACAAAACAAAGUUGACUUUGACACUGUUUGGCAUAUUGCUUUAAAAGAUACUUCAACACAACAAGCAUCUAGUCCUGUGAACGAAACUAAUCUCGACGGCCGAAACUGUGAGUCUAAUGUCGAGGCAAACGUCAAAACAGUCGUCGAUCAUUCACAACAAGAAGUUGAAAAAGAAGCGCCAAUGUUAGUAAAAUUGCUUGUCAUCUUCAAGUCACCCUAUCUGAGGAAAGUUACCAUCGUUAUGUCUAUAUCAUGGGCUGUAGACGUAACAUCCGCAAGCAGUAUUAUGCUAAUGUCGGAGAUUCUUGGUGAUAAUGUUUAUAUCAUCUACACUACGAUAUGUUUCUUGGAUUUCUUUACUAAUAGUGUUUACGUUUUAUCAGCGAAAAGAUUUGGUCACAAAGUAACUCUGGAAUGUUUCAAGACAUUUUCUGCCGUCUGUAUUAUAACAGCAUCGCUGAUAAAAUUUCUGGCUGAGCAAAGCGAGACAAUGAAAUAUCUCUGCUUGGUAUUAUUUAUUGUUACUGCUACUACAAUGAAUGGUGCCUCUAGUGGUGAUAUGAUUUACGUUUCGGAAUUAUUUCCCACAGAAAUACGAAGUGCCGGAACUGGUUUUGCCAUGGUUUUCCUUCAAAUUGUAGGCUUAUCAGCACCUUUCUUCAAAGUAUUGGCUUUGAAUAUUCCAUGGGCUCCAGGUAUUAUCAUAGGAACUGCAUGCAUAGUCUCUUCCAUUUUACUUCAUAUAUAUAUACCAGAAACAGUAAACCGUGUUUUACCACAGAAAAUCGAAGAUGUGAUUUGAUUUAGAGAUAUUGAACUGAAACUGUAUUGAAUGUAAGAAAUGUAUUCAAUAUUGCAUUUAUUGAUGCGUUGACAAUACUUUGCAUCAAUGCUGUAAUGUAAUACAGAGUAGCAAUCACCGUAUAUAGUAGACAAAUAUAAAUAUUUGUCGUCAUAUUUUUCUGUCUAUGUUUAAAAGAAAUGCAGGAAAAAAAUUCUCAUAUAGUUCUUCUUACAUUAAUCGUGUUUAGUUAGGACAUAAAGUAAGAACUAUAAUGUGAGAAUUCAUGUUUUUCUGCUUUACUUCUAAAUAUGUUGUUCCUAAAGAUUGUUUUAGCCAAUUACAUAAUAUAAUAACGCAAGUCAAUCCCAUUUGAAAUUAAUGAAUCAUCAUCAUCAUCAUCAUCGUUUAACGUCCGCUUUCCAUGCUAGCAUGGGUUGGAGAAUAAUGGUGUUUAAAGAAAUGUAAUUAAUUGAGAAUUUAAGUUUCUUAGAUUGUUUUCGUUAAAGGUUUUUUUUAUCAAGUUCUUAAUUGCGGUAGAUUUUUUUAAUGUUUAUAUAUCACUUCUCUAUAUGGAUAUUUUCCUGUCUAUAAUGAUAUAUGUAUGAAGACAAGGCAUUUAUAUCUGUCUAUUACAUCUAAAACUUAUAGGAUAUACUUUGUAGUAUAUAACAGUAUAAUAAAAGUGAUGGAUGAUCGCAUCAGCAAAUACAACGGUGAGAUAUAAGUAGAUGUCGAUACCAUCUAGAACAACCGUUUAACUAUUUUUGCCUAUGGACCGUUUUGAUUACUAUUUUACUCUGGUGGACUCCAUAAACAUAUGUCUAAAAAUUAGUUUUAAAGAAACUUCUUUCAAAAUUCCUAUUUUGUUCUUCACAUAUUCACUUGUGUAGGUUUGCAAUAACACUCUCUGAGUGUCCGGAAACAUAUUAAACAAUCUAAUUAAACAAUAACUCUCUCUUCAGUGGCCAGAAACAUAUUAAAGAAUCUAAAGCAUAAAAGAAACUAACCUAGUUUUUUUUCUUGCAAUAAAUACAUUAUGGACGUCUAAAAUGUUACUGUGGACCGCCAAUUUACUAUUUUGCUUGCAUGGAAUCCCCGCCCAAAUUUUAUAUGGAACCCCAGGGGUCAUAUGGAUGCCAGUUGAGAACCACUGAUCCAGAAUGUAGAUGUAUUAGAGAGUGAAUAAAUAUCGUCACAGCAUAUUCAGAA